UUGUGAGGGCCCACAACACUCGGGGAAAAAACAAAAACCUAUCUUUGAUUUGAUAGCAUUCAGUAGGGAGUGCCUCAGGCGAAACAUGACUUUUUAUUGAAAUAACGAGCCGAAACAUCAAAGUCAUACGGGUCAAAAAAGUGGAUUUUAAAAGCCGACAUAAUGGGGAAUGAAACAGUCUGGUGCUUUGUCAAAGUAUGGUAUCCUGGCUCUUCUUGAUUACGCUUGGAUUUACGUAGCCUUAUUUUAGAGCGUGUGUGGACGCACUCCGUCACUAUCACAGGUCUACUCGGUCAUUGUGGUAGGAAAAAAGCAGUUCCUAAUUGAAUGGCAGUUACAGAGACGAGGCACACAUUGUGCAUCAGUUGGUUUUGCCCGAUUUUGUUGUUUAGUUUGUUAAAAUAAGCCAGGAAAUACAGAGGGUCGGAUAGAGAUUCCAUCUUGCCCACUUUGGAGUCCAAGAUCAAGUUGAGAACAGUUACUGCUCAUCAUGAUGAAAUGUUUUGAAGACUCUUUUGUUGCAUUUUGCAAGCCAUGCUGAUGAGAAGGAAUGCUUAUAAGGAAUCAAGUCCUUGAAAGACAACUGAUGGAUGGUGGCAAAUCCUGUUGUGUCACAACCAAGCAACAUAUCUUCUUUACGCUACUCAGGGAAAUUUGGAUUUGCAAGGAAAACCGUAGAUGUUCUAAAAACUGCUUGACAAGUUUUGUACUUAAACAUGGAAGUCAAGCAAGGGUCAUCGACAAAGUUGAAAGCCGACUUCUUCCGUGACACUAAAACCGCAAGAUCCACUCCCGGCUACACAUCAGAUGAGUCAUCUGCUCUGAUGGGUGGUGGUGUGGAAGUAAUUUUGCCCAGCGCCGAAUCGACGGCCGGGAAGACGUCCAGCUUCGGCGCGGUGUUCAUCGUUGUGAAUGCCUGCAUCGGUGCUGGAUUGCUGAAUUUCCCGUCUGCCUAUCAGGCCGCUGGUGGCGUGUCAGUUGGGGCUAGUAUGCAAGUGCUUUUCCUGUUUCUGAUCAUUUCGUCUCUACUGGUCUUGGCCGUCUGCGCCGACGUACAAAACUCGGCGUCCUACCAGGACAUUAUGCAGUCGAUGUGCGGCACAGUGGGUAACUUAGCCUGUGCAACCUGCGUCAUCAUCUACUGCUUUGGGACCUGUGUGGCGUUCUUUAUUAUCAUGGGAGACCAGCUGGACAGCAUUUUAGCUCUAGCAACGCACAAUGAAGACACAGGGCAUUGGUACACAGACCGAAAGUUCACCAUCACCGUCCUAGCAGUUUUGAUUGUUUUGCUCUGUCUUCCAAAGAACAUCAGCAUCUUGAAGUGGCCGAGCUCUGUUGGAGUUAUUGGGACCAUUUACGUUGCCGUGGUGGUAGUUGCCAACUACUACCUGCUUCCGGCCAAUGCAGCCACGCACAUAGUGACCAGGCCUACAUCUUGGACCGAGGUGUUUGCUGCUGUGCCCACGAUAUGUUUUGGCUUCCAAUGCCACAUCAGCUCGGUGCCGGUGUACGCUAGCCUGAAGGAGCGCACGUUGGGCCAGUUUGGCAGGGUGAUUACUGGUGCCCUGCUCAUCGCCACGGUGACUUACAUACUGACGGGCGUCUACGGAUCCCUCACAUUUGGUGACCAGGUGUGCUCUGAUGUGCUGCUAUCCUACGAUGCUGGGAAUGUCAUGGUGACAGUUGCCAGGGUGAUGAUUUUAGGCAAUAUGUUAACGUCCUACCCCAUUCUUCAUUUUUGUGGCCGGUUAGCUAUUGAAACCGUGUACAUCACAGCAACGAAACUUUCCCCGGCUGCUGCAGAGUUAACUCAAACUAGACGUCGAAUCAUUGAGACGUUAACAUGGUUUGUCUUGUCGCUGGUGCUGGCGCUGUUUGUGCCCACCAUUGGGAGCGUCAUCUCAGUCAUCGGCGGCCUGGCCGCUGUUUUCAUCCUUGUCUUCCCAGGAUUGUGCUUGACCCAGUAUGCUCUGAGCUCUGUCGCUGCCGAACAGAGUCCUGCCAAGAGACGAUGCCAGAUCGUGCUGGGUGUUGUAUUCGUGGCGUUGGGUACGUUCAUGUUUGGGGAAAGCGUCACCGAGGCUUUGAUGGUGGACUUUGGGGCACUGCCCUCUGGAAUCUCAGGUUGCUGAACAAGGAGGGCUGGCACGGUUUAUGGCGACAUUCGGCUCAGGCAGUCGUCAAAUUGCCACAUCUUGAAUUUUCUGCAAGAGAUCCUCUUGCCAAGAGUGGAAACAAGUUAUUUCAGGGAUGUGAUUGGUUGCUUUUCAUGUAAAUGUAUAGCGUACAUUAGAUUAAAACAGAGACAGUAACUGAAGCCCAUACUUCAUCCAGCGUACCCAAAGCAAAUUGUAAAUGUUGUUACAUGAUGCACUUAAAGUGAAGCCCAUGAAAAAACAUAGCACAUUACCAAGAGUUGUCAUUACCACCACAGAUCCUAGGGGGAGACUGGGGCUAGUUGUUAGAGGGGCAGUGUUUCUCUCCUUCCAGUCCAAACAGCUGAGCAAGCUCUAGCCCCAAUCACAUGGUCAACAAUUGACCCUACAUGUUCAUGCUUUAAUGAGAGCUCAUCAGUAUGUUGCAUCUUAACACCAUGGCAAAAAACAACAAUUCCCUCGUUACAAAUACAAAUGGCAGACAAAACCGAACAAAUCGAGGGUAUUGCAUAAAAGAGACAAUGAAAAUUGCUCCAGAUACAAGUGAGCUUAUACUUUGCCAGUCUUGAUUUUACCUUAUAAGGAAAAUAAAAGGAACAAAGUAGAACGCGUCUCUGGGUAUUGUGUGGAAUUAUUAGUAGUGUAUCAUAUUUAUUGAAACACAGUCCCAUAACCCUAACUACCCUAUUAAGGUUCCUGAAAUUGAAACUGUAGGCUUUUUCAAGAUUUGUCGAUAGAGUACCACACAUACGACUUUGUUGUUCAUCUUUGUGAGUUCAAAGAACCUAGGCCUAAGGUGAUGUUUGUUUUUGUUUUGGGGACACACUGUAGGUAGAGUGGAGUGACUGGCUAGCGGUACCAUGGGUGAGGCUGUGCUUGAUUUUGUCAGGUUUGGUACCACUCCUCUGGAAAUCUCCCGUAUACUGCAGGGACAUAUCCAUACCAAAUGAAUGUGCAAUCUUGUUGACGUGUUUAACAGUUUCUGGCCAGUCGUGUGCCAAUAAUUACUAUGAACACCUUAUGGAUACAACACUACUAGUAGUUUCUGUUGAACAUUAGUACUGUUCAGUACAACUUGCAUCUGGGCACGGUAAUUUCAUAAAUUAGGGGUCCAAAGUUUUUCGUGACCCUGUCACAUCUGACAUGUAGUUUGUAAGUUCAGAACAAAUUCUCUGAUUUCCAAGAGUGAUGAAUUAAUGAUAAUUACAUACCAAACAACUAGAAAUAGUUUGAAAUCGAUUUCAGUGACAUGUCCCUGUCAAGUUACACUUUUAGACCCCAACUUUAUAGAAUGACCCAUCUACAAGUUAGGCCUAUUGUUUGGUACUCAGUGGAAUAACUGCGGUGCCCCCUUUUUUUUCGAGGGGACACACAAAAGAAUAAGUUGCAGCAAAUAAACUCAGAGAUUUCAAAUGGGA